UGUAAAUAGAAAACAGCUGAUUUCUAUUCAAAUUAUUCGUUAAAAUGGACUGUUCUGCAAUGUAAGUUUUCAAAUUUUAAUUAUUAACAAAAUUUAUAAUUUAACUUUUGUUUGGUAGUAAACCCAAACACGAUAGAGCUACGCACGAGCAACUGGAGGCAUAUGUUUCGUUUUGCCAAGCACACCCAGAAAUGGGUACGGGGAAAAAUUGCCCAAAAACGCAUCAACAGAUGAAGGAGUUGUGGCAGCAGCUGGCAGAUGAGCUUAAUUCGUGCAGAGGACCAACACGAAGUGCUGCAAAAUGGAAAGAGACGUUAGGCGUUUGGAAAAGCCAACUGCGCACUCGUGCAAGGCGGUUGAAAAUGAACCAAAGGCUCACAGGUGGAGGUCCAAGUUCCAAAUCGAUGACGAUCUUUGAAGAAAUGGCUUUGUCUACAUUCGGUUCGGCUGCUGUAGAUGGGGUACAAAAUGUACAAAGCCUAGGUUUAACGCCAAUUGAGCAAACUGAUGAAUGCGCAAUUUCUUCACCCAUGGGUAGUCCUCUACAGAUAUGCAGUCAGGUAGAUGCAACCCCAAAUCCCGAACACCAUCCAGCAAGUCCAUCGACACCACCUACGCAUCUUAGCUUGGAAAACCAGGUAAGUUUUCAUUAUGAUAUAAUUACAAAAUAUAUACUUUUUUUUGCAACUUCUUAUUACGUUUUUUUCUUUUAAGGAUGCUUUAACUUCGGUGCUAUCACGAAAGGCACGAAUUGA